CACAGGGGAGGUAGUUAAGAACAAUAACAAUGGCGUCAAAACCACAAUGCAAAUACGGAGCAGGAUGUUACAGGAAAAAUGCACAACAUUUAAAAGAAUUUUAUCACCCAAAAAUGAAGUCGGAUGAGGAUGAUCAUGAACAGCCUGAAAAGAAAAAGAAAAAAAUGGUUGCAGAAGAGCCAAAGCAGAAAGGAGCAACAAUUUCAGACUUCUUUGGCAAAAAGAAAGUGGAUGACAAAGAUGAGGAAGAUGUGUCAGAUGUAGGACCUAGUAGUACUUCAUCAGGAGCUGCAGCAUUUCUCAAUUCAAGUCCUAAAGAUGACGCUGAAGAAAGUCCUGAUGAUGAAGAUGAUGAUGAUGACAUGCCCUCCUCCCCAGAGGAUCUUAAGGAAAACAUCAAAAGGAAAUUUUUAGUGGAAAUGCCCGAUGACUUUUAUGAUUUCUGGGAAUUUUGUAAAAGUAAAAAUAGCAAACAUCCCGAAGAUGCUAUGAGCAAAGAUUUGGGAUUCCAGUUGGUAGGUCCCUAUGAUAUCUUGGCUGGUAAACAUAAAGGUGUAAAAAGGAACAGACGAGGAAAACGUCCAAACUUCCUGCUGCACUGGCGUUACUACUAUGACCCUCCAGAGUUCCAAACAGUUGUCAAAAGUGACGACAAGAAUCUAUUUCAUCUGGGAUACUUUAGGGAUGACCCAGCAGAGCUACCAGUUUUCGUAGGAGCCAACAAAGCUGCAGAUUCCUACAUCAUUACCCAGAAAGGCAACAACAUUUUUGCAGCUAUCAAGUUAGUAAUUGAUGAACGUCUCAAAUCAAAAGACAUUGAUGCAGGGAAAAAGAAGAAAUUGCAGAACUUUCAGGAGGAGCUACAAGACUUUGCUGACAGUAAGAAAUAUCCAUUAGACAUGAAAACCAAAAGCAUGAAAGACCGUGAUAAGAAAGUGGUUUGCAGGACUUUCCAUGGUGCUGGAAUGGUGGUACCUCUGGACGAAAACGAAGUUGGAUACCGAGAAGUCCCAGAGGAGCCAGCCGACUUAAAAAAAAUGUUCAAAGCUGUGGUGGAGGCAAAGUCUGAAAGUGACAGAGAUAAAAGGAUGGAGGCAAUUCAGGAAAUUGUGACAUUGGUACAGUUUGCUAAUGACGAGUGUGACUAUGGGGAGGGUCUGGAGUUGGGACUGGACUUGUUUAGUUACGGGGGCGAGCCCCUCCACAGCAUCAUCUCCCAUCUCCUCCCUCUGGCCUACCAGUUACUCGGUCGACACGAGUAUUCACAGAUUAUAGAGGCCCACCUCAGACGUCGGAGUCGCAGUGCUAAUCUCAGUGAGCUGGAAUAGUAUCACCACAAACGUAGGAAUUGUAGCACUAAUCGCAACAAAUAGUACAAGUAUCACUUCAAAAAUCGCUCAUUGUGAUGAUCUUCAACAAACUGAAGUAACAUUCAAUAGCUCAGAAACAGGAGUCAAUGUGCUUUGAAGUAUUAAUUUGUGUUCAUUCAACUGAUUUCAGGCAAUCCUGCAUUCUCAAUUGUGCAAACUCAUAUUUGAUAUUCCUGUUGAAGUUUUACAUUCAGUAUUCAAUUUUUGUUACUUUGUGGAUGGAAAUUUGUUAAUGUGUCACCUACAAAGUGAUCAAUAUGUCAUCUUUUGCAACAAAUAAUAAGAACUGCUCAGGUACAAUUUUAGUUUAGUUGUCUGCUCCCUAAAUGGUUUCUCUGUGACACUGUGACAGGAAAUGUAAUUGUAAGAAACUUUUUACAGACACUUAUACUAUUUGUACCUGUGAAGGUUUGAUCCUGAGCACAAUCUAAAAUCAAUGUGGCUACCACUGGCUGUCUUGAAUGUUAGCACCUGAAGUGGUUCCAACUCAAUUACUGAAGUAUUAAUUAUCUACUUAAAUUUGAUUUUGGAAUCUGAAAUUUGAUAUUGACACCAGCAACCAUCUUUGAUUUUGGCACCCUAAAUGCUUUCUUUACGAUAUUUAACUCCUAAAGAAAAAGCAUGAGGAUUUCCUACAAAUAUUUUACUGGUAAAACUGUCAUAUGACUGUUAAGACUUGAUUCAGAACUGGAUCCAAAACUGAUGAAAAAUACGGCUGCCAGUACUAGUAUACAUCUUGAUUUUACCUCAAUGGUUUUACCUGAAGUUUAUCAUAUAUAUGUAAUAUAGAAACUCUAUUUAACCCCUAAAAAUUUGCUAUGCAGGUGACACAUUCACUUAAUUUUAUGGCUUGCAUCUACUUAAUACUGAAAAAUGGUUGUGAACCUGAUGUUGUAUCAAAUUUGUUAUCACACAUGUAAAUAAUUUCAUACGCUUAUAAAUAAAUAAUAAAUAAAACAUACGAAUU